CAAGCAGGAGCUGGGAGCGAGUGCAUUGCGAGGCGGGCUGGAGGGAGGGAGGCGUGAAGAGAGCGAGGGUGGCUGCUGGAGGGAGCCUCCGCCUCCGCUGCACCAGCCCGCUCGGGUCCCGGCGGAGACCAUGGGGAGCUCCGAGCGGGGAUCGCGCGCUGCUCCGGCGCCCAGCCUCCUGCAGCCGUGAAGAGCUGAGUCGGGACUCCCCCCCAACCCCAGAGUCGCGGGGAGGAUGACUAUGGCUGGGGGCAGGAGGGGGCUGGUUGCCCCCCAGAACACGUUUCUGGAGAAUAUUGUCCGGAGGUCCAAUGAUACCAACUUUGUGCUGGGCAACGCUCAGAUAGUGGACUGGCCCAUCGUCUACAGCAAUGAUGGAUUUUGCAAGCUAUCAGGAUACCACAGGGCAGAAGUCAUGCAAAAAAGCAGUACCUGCAGUUUUAUGUAUGGGGAGCUGACAGACAAAGAUACGAUUGAGAAGGUGCGACAGACGUUUGAGAACUAUGAAAUGAACUCUUUCGAAAUCCUGAUGUACAAAAAGAACAGGACACCUGUGUGGUUCUUUGUGAAAAUUGCUCCAAUUCGAAAUGAACAGGAUAAAGUGGUUUUAUUUCUUUGCACUUUCAGUGACAUAACAGCUUUCAAACAGCCAAUUGAGGAUGAUUCAUGUAAAGGCUGGGGGAAAUUUGCCCGGCUAACCAGAGCACUGACAAGCAGCAGGGGCGUCCUGCAGCAGCUGGCUCCCAGUGUGCAGAAGGGUGAAAACGUCCACAAACAUUCCCGCUUGGCUGAGGUCUUACAGCUGGGUUCAGACAUUCUUCCCCAGUACAAGCAAGAGGCACCAAAGACUCCCCCUCACAUCAUCUUACAUUAUUGUGUUUUCAAGACCACCUGGGAUUGGAUCAUCUUAAUCUUAACUUUCUACACUGCCAUUUUGGUCCCUUACAAUGUCUCCUUUAAAACAAGGCAGAACAAUGUGGCCUGGCUGGUUGUGGACAGUAUUGUGGAUGUCAUCUUCCUGGUGGACAUUGUACUUAAUUUUCAUACUACCUUUGUUGGACCAGCUGGGGAGGUGAUCUCUGACCCCAAACUCAUCCGAAUGAAUUACCUGAAGACCUGGUUUGUGAUUGACCUGCUGUCCUGUUUGCCAUAUGAUGUCAUCAAUGCAUUCGAGAAUGUGGAUGAGGGAAUCAGCAGCCUGUUUAGCUCACUAAAAGUUGUUCGACUCCUACGCCUGGGACGAGUGGCCCGCAAGUUGGAUCACUAUAUUGAGUAUGGAGCUGCAGUCCUUGUCCUGCUGGUGUGUGUGUUUGGACUGGCAGCCCACUGGAUGGCCUGUAUCUGGUAUAGCAUCGGGGACUAUGAGAUCUUUGACGAGGACACAAAAAUGAUCCGCAACAACAGCUGGCUCUACCAGCUGGCUAUGGAUGCUGGGACACCUUACCAGUUCAAUGUGUCUGGCCUGGGCAAGUGGGAAGGUGGCCCAAGUAAGAAUUCUGUCUACAUCUCUUCCUUGUAUUUCACCAUGACCAGCCUCACCAGCGUGGGAUUCGGGAACAUUGCCCCCUCCACAGACAUAGAGAAGAUCUUUGCAGUUGCUAUAAUGAUGAUUGGCUCCCUCCUAUACGCCACCAUUUUUGGGAAUGUGACCACCAUUUUCCAGCAGAUGUAUGCAAACACCAACAGGUACCAUGAGAUGCUCAACAGUGUCCGGGACUUCCUGAAGCUCUACCAGGUGCCAAAGGGACUCAGUGAGCGAGUCAUGGACUAUAUUGUGUCCACUUGGUCCAUGUCCAGAGGCAUCGACACUGAGAAGGUCCUCCAGAUAUGCCCCAAGGACAUGAGGGCUGAUAUAUGUGUGCACCUAAAUCGGAAGGUGUUCAAGGAGCAUCCAGCAUUUCGGCUGGCCAGUGAUGGCUGCCUCCGGGCCCUGGCCAUGGAAUUCCAGACGGUUCAUUGCGCCCCCGGUGACCUCAUCUACCAUGCUGGCGAGAGUGUCGACAGCCUCUGCUUUGUGGUUUCGGGUUCUUUAGAAGUGAUUCAGGAUGAUGAAGUGGUAGCCAUCUUGGGAAAAGGAGAUGUAUUUGGAGAUGUAUUCUGGAAGGAAGCCACACUUGCCCAGUCCUGUGCCAAUGUCAGGGCCUUAACCUACUGUGACCUGCAUGUGAUUAAGCGGGAUGCUCUGCAGAAAGUGCUAGAAUUCUACACAGCCUUCUCUCACUCCUUCUCAAGGAACCUCAUCCUCACAUACAAUCUGAGGAAAAGGAUUGUGUUUCGGAAGAUCAGUGAUGUGAAGAGGGAAGAAGAAGAGCGAAUGAAACGGAAGAACGAGGCUCCCCUGAUCCUGCCCCCGGACCAUCCUGUCCGGAGGCUUUUCCAAAGAUUCCGGCAGCAGAAGGAGGCCAGACUGGCAGCCGAGAGGGGAAGCCGGGAUCUGGAUGACUUGGAUGUGGAGAAGGGCAAUGUUCUGUCAGAGCACCCCUCUGCCAACCACACGGUGGUAAAGGCCAGUAUCGUCACCGUCCGGGAGAGCCCGGCCACCCCUGUCUCUUUCCAGUCAGCAUCUACCUCGGGGGUCUCAGAUCAUGCCAAACUCCAUGCCCCUGUGUCAGAGGGCCUGGGCCCCAAGGGGGGUGGAGGGGACUGUCCCCGACGCAAAGGUUGGGCUCGUUUCAAAGAUGCCUGUGGAAAGGGGGAGGACUGGAACAAAGUCUCCAAGGCCGAGUCCAUGGAGACGCUCCCCGAGAGGACAAAGACAUCUGGGGAGGCCACCUUGAAGAAGACAGACUCUUGCGAUAGUGGCAUCACCAAAAGUGACUUACGCUUGGACAAUGUUGGGGAGACCAGGAGUCCUCAGGACCGCAGCCCUAUCCUUGCGGAGGUCAAGCAUUCCUUCUACCCUAUCCCUGAGCAGACCCUUCAGGCCACCAUGCUGGAGGUGAAGCAUGAGCUGAAAGAGGACAUCAAGGCCUUGAACAACAAAAUGGCAAACAUUGAAAAACAGCUCUCUGAGAUACUAAGGAUAUUAACUUCCAGAAGAUCUUCUCAGUCCCCCCAGGAGCUAUUUGAAAUAUCAAGGCCCCAGUCCCCAGAAUCAGAGAGAGAUGUUUUUGGAGCAAGCUGAGAGGCCCAUUUAUUUAAAAAUUAAAAUAAAAAUAUAAACAUUUCAACCCCUCUUCCAGAAACACAUGCGUAGAGCUAAAAUUUUCUUCUCAAAAUAAGAUUUUCUCAUUGAUGGAAAAUCAGUGAGGGACCAGUUGAUCCAGCAUGUCCCCCCCACACACUCUCUAGACAAAGAGGAAUUUGCUACCACCCUGCAAAAUGGCGGCUGUGUUGGAAGUGUCUUAGCACAAAUUUGGAAGAGGGGGUACACUGUUCAAAGAGUAUUUUCCUUUUCUCCUUAGUCUGGACGUUUUGGGUUUUUUACUUCCACGAUGUUUGUAAAAAAAAAAAAAAAAGAAAUAUAGAGGAAAAAAAGAACCCAUCAGCCUUUUGAGGAUUGAAGGGGGAGGUGGGGGUGGCUGGGAAUGUGUUCACAACCAUGUGACCUUCAGUUCCUUUGGACUCCGGAGGGUGUGAUAAUCAUGAGCACCCUCCUGCUGGGCUGCCUUCCUGUACAUUUGUACAGCCAGUAUCCAGUGUCAUAGUAUAUUUUCAUAUCAUAAGAAUCAUUUGUAACAAAGAUGGGGGAAGGAGGGAACAGGUGGAGGGCAGAACUCCUUUUAUCCUUUCAUCUGCCAUGAUCAAGACCAAAAGACAGAUGCAGGGCUUGUGCCUCCCACCAAAAGUUAGAAUCAUGAAGUCCUGGGGAUUUGCCACAGGGCUUGAAACCCCAUGGGCCAUUUGGGGAUGUGCAGGCCCCAGCCCCUUCUCUCGGUCUGCACCCAGUGACUUGGAUUUUUAUGUGUCUCCUAACCAUUUCUCUGUCCCCCAGUCUGCUGAAUGCCUGCAUAGAACCAUGAUUUCUCAUUCCAAAAGACUUAAGAGUUGAGCCAUUUGUCAGAGGUAGGGAGAAAGUCCCUCCUUACCCAGGAUCAUUAGCAGGCCAUUUUUUUUUCUCUGGAGAUCUCACGUGGACACUGGGAACCUCUAAAGUGAUUCCAGGAUCCUGACUGAUUCCUAUCUCCAGGUGCAGGUCUUUCUACUUUCUUCUACCUUUUGGACAAUUACAUAUAUAGAGAACCUUAAUGGGAAAAGAAUGCCUAUGUAGCAUUCCUUGGGGUAUAAUGGAGAUAAAAAAAAUAUCAGGAACCCAGAUUUGACUUUUUUAAGGAUGAUAAUAUUUUGUGGCAUGUUUUUGUUAUAAUUCUCAAUAGAAUUGGCAUUUGCUUUGCCUUUGUCCUUAGCCAGAAAUCAUUGUGGGACAUUUACAAGUCCCCUAGUUGCUGUCUCAUAAACAGAAAUCCUUAGGUUGACUUGUAAGAGCUGUUUAAAAAUGGAAUGGAGUACUACAUUAAGUAGUGAGUUCCCCAGUACUGGAGGGAUUCAAGCAGAAUCUGGAUGACAACCAGUUGGAGAUAGAAACAAGAUGGGGGAGAGCCUUCCCUGGGCUCCCCAAAUGUAUUUAAUUUAGAGCUAGAGGUCAUUGUGGAACAUAUUUUUGGAAAAGUCAAGCCCUCUGUGUCUUAUAUUCUCAACAUUAGAAACAGUAUCAGAAAGCAAAGAGGGGGGAAGGGUUCAAGGACUGUGUUUUCUCUUUUAGCUGAAAAAGAUCAAAGGAACCAGCAUUUCAAGAACAAGAGUAUCUGAGAAUUGGCCCAGUCUAUGCUCCAAACAGGAGCCUACCUCCAGGCCCAUGAAUCAAUGAGCGAUGCAUGAAGGCCCUGCCCCAGCCAACAAUUGUGAUCUUUAUCCCAUGAUGCUUGGGGAAUUUCCAAUGCAACUGGAGUUACUUCCCUAAAUAUUGGUUCCUCCAUGCAAUGUUUUAAGGUGAAGGGUAAAGAAGGCAGAAGGAAAUAUCUGGCUUUAAGACUCAUAGAUGAUUCUGGAAUAUGCAAACCUCUGACGUAGGAUAAAGUUGGCUUGAGGUGUGCCCUACGCAAAGGGACCAGGGACCCAAAAAGAGACUAGAUGUUAGAAGUUCAGUGUUGAGAGCUUAGCCUUAGAAAACCCCAGAUUAGAAAUGCAGCUGUGUCUUAAGCAUCACUGGCCAGCUGGCCAGACCUAGCCUAUCACUGACACUUGAGAAUUCCUGCUCCAAGUUUUAAUUAAAAGCAUCUUUCUUGCAUGGACUCUGUAGAGGGGACGUGACCACGUCCUUUUGCUCAUGCUAGUCAACAUCCUGACAUAAGUCUUCUUUAGGACUUUGAGAUUAUGGUGAGCUGACGUGUUCCAGGCACACAGUGUUUCUGGAAACUUUCUGUUGGGCCCCAUCCCCCUAUCUUUACUCUGCAUCCACAGGAAGCACAAGUAGGGCAAUUGAGUGGGGGUCUUGGCCUUCUAGUUGCUUCCAUGGGCCAGGACUGUCAGGCUCUCUCUCUCUCCACCAUUUCCCUAAAAAACUAGGCCUCAGAGUCCAAGGACAUCAUAAUUUCCAAGAUGACGUCAACGCAUGAAGAGCUUUCAUUUGAGAAUGAUGCAGUAUGUUGCUCUAGAGUUGACUCAGUGGUGUUACUUAAGUCAUGAACAGAAUCACAUAUGAGGAGGAGUAGCAUUUCACUUUUGUGAGGACAGAUACCAGUUGCUUUGUAACUCAACUAAAACUUUGAAGAAAACUCUCACCUCCAACUUCCCAUCCUCUUAUCAACCUGACAGGUUUAUUUAGCAUGUCUGGUGCUUAAUCAGUCUAUCAAGAAGUAUUUACCAAGCACCCCUUAAGUGCCAGAAACAAUGCUCAGCACUAAGGAUAAAAAAGGCAAAAACAAAACAGUCCCUGCCCUCAGCGAGCUCCCACUUGAAUCCAGCAUUCAUUCUAGUGCACCAUGCUAUAGAGAAGAGUGAGCAGAGCACACCUAUAUCUAUCAUCUUCCAGGUUACUGGAAUCUCUACAUGCUUCUGUCUUUUUUUUCUUAGAAAUAAUAUGGGAAAAUGCUAUAAGGUAUGUCUCUAAAACCUCAUGUCCCACCUUUUCUUAGGCAGGGAAUGUUGCAUGAGGAAGGAAAAUCCUGUCUACUUCCAAGGAAGUUUCUGACUCUAGAGAACUAUGCAUGCCAACUCCCAGUUCCAUUAUUUCUUCCUUCUUUCUAACAUACUCCAAGGAUCAAGCCAGAAGCAAUGAUGAGCCAGCAGGUCUAAUGAUGUGCCGGCCAAUAGCGCUAUUCAUCCCCUUCUCCUUUUUCAGUUCCAUCUCCCGAGAGCCGCAUGAUCCAUUGGAGAGUGCACCAGGUUUGGAGUUAGAGGACCUGAUUUUGACUCCUGCCUUUCCAGCUGGGUGACCUUGGGCAAAUCAAUCCAUCACUCCAGGCCUUGGUUUCCUCAUCCAUAAAAUGAAGGGAUUGAACUAGAUGACUUCUAGGACAAGGGUUUUUGACUUGGAGUCUAUGGACUGCCCUUGCCCAAAGGUCUGUGGAUAAAUUUCAGAGGGUCUGUAAACUUGAAUAGGGAAAAAAUCUCUAUUCUUUACCUGAAAUUUAGAAUUUCACUUAAUUAUUUAAAACAGUAUUCAGAGAAGGGAUCUAUAGGCUUCACCCACAGACUGCUAAAGACGUCUACAACAGAAAAAAAGGAUUAAGCACUUCUGUUCCAAGAUGUAUUUUAAGCUCUAAAUUUAUGAUCAUAUGAUCUUACUUCAUGAUGUGGAUACAUUUGUCUGUUAACACACAAUUCAGGGUCAAGAGAGGCUUGACUUUUCUUGGCCCAGACAAUAGCUCUUGACCUUGUGGGAUGAUCUUUUGGGAUCAUCAUUUUGGGAUUAUUAUUCUAUUCAUUAUAUUCUCCAAUCUCUAGUAUGUUCCUAGCCUUGAAACCAGGGAACUGUUACAAAUUUACAGAUGUGUCCCAUCUCCCCCAUAAUCUCCCUUCCUAAACAUGACCCCCAGGUGUCUCCAUCAGUAAAGGCCCACAAAGUCUGGAGUUCAGAAGAUGAUAGAUUUAGAACUGGCCAGCACUUGAGAGGUCAUCCAGUUGUCAAAUCCCUACUUUUUACACCAAAUCCAGGGGCUCUUCCACUGCACCAUGAUGUAAAGGCAAGGGAGGACCCCCCCCCCCCGACACACACACCCUAUUGCAGAAAACUUCGUCUGGUUUUCUGGGUUUUGUCUUGGGGAAGAUAAGGAAGAAAAUUUGUUGAGACCAGCCCAGAGGAGCCAGCUUCUCUGUCUAGCUCUCACAAUAUCUCAGAGCCUGGAUACUGACAUUGUACUUUAGGAGUGGGAGCCAAGGAACAUCCUGGAGACUUCUAGGCAGUACAUCAUCCAUCUCAGGAUGGCUUAUGGUCUUUGUGGAUGGUCACUUACUUCUGAGUGUAAGCAUGUAUGACUUCUGUCUUUCAUUUGCCUCCAUUGGUGAUUUAAAUAGAAUUCCACUGCAUAUUUUCCCCUGGAAAAAAAAUUGAAUUUUUUUCUUUUGAACUUUUUUUGGGGGGUAUAUGUGCUUGGCUUCUGUCUGCCUUUUGCUCUAGUUAGUCUUCUGCCAAUCCACUCUGAAUUUACAAGCUGUGCCCAAGUGCUUCAAAUAAUAGUGACAUGUCUUAUCAACUACAUCCUUGGUAGCCAAGGUGAAUGUGUCACCCCACUGGAAAUCAGCUGCUGAGAGAUUAGAGAAAAACAAAACUAAAACAAACUAAAAGAUUUUCCCACGAGCAGGCAAGGAUUGAUGUACUCUCUUGUAGGAGGGCUGUUACCUUUUUGCUACAAUGAAACACAGACUUUGAAUAUCAGUAAGGUCUUGUCUGCCAAAGUUAAAGGCUCCAAUAACCCUGGGGCACGCAGGUCGGGGAUCUUGCUGGAAUCUUCUCCCCUUCAGCCCUUUGCUGUACAUAUAAAGAUAUUUUAUCUUGUUUAAGCAUUAACUAGACUUAGGUUUUAGUCCAUGGAGCUAAAUGAUCAGCCAGAUGGCAGAUGCAGAAUUUGAACCCAGGUCCCUUGACUCCACAAUCAGUGAUCUUUUCCCUAUUCUCUAGGACAUCUAGACAUCUUCUAUUUCCUAUGGAGGUAGGGAAAGAGUGUCCUGAGAAGUUUCCAACUGUUCUGCAAUAGCAUUUUAAGUUCCCAGGGGACAUUCUGUAAGUGCUCAGACUCUUUGAUUUUAGGGUUUUUGUGCCCAUUAAACUGAAGUCAGGGGUAGGCAACAAUGGUUAAAUACCUGUGAUCAAUACAAGCAUCUGUAAAGCUUCUCAGUAUAUGAGCAUAUCAAACUGUUGGAAAUAUAUUCUCUUGUUUUGAUCUAUUCUCUGAUCCCUUCUUCUUGUUCCUACUAUUUUUGUGUUUCUAGACUUCCCUAUCAUGUCUGAUGGGCAAACAUGAAGCCUCUUCCAAGUAUUAUUACCUUCUCCCAGACAUACUAUGGGGGUAGAGGAUAAAGUGAGUCAUUAAUAGGAGGAAAGUGAGUUUUCCAUCUUUGGGUCAAAGUUGAAGGAGCCUUAAAGCCAAAUUACUGAACUCUUGGUCUCAGACUGACAGAAGACAGACAUAGUUGAGUCUAUGUUCCAGUUCUGUUCUGUAAUGCUAAAAGCCCAGAUGGGGAAGCACUGCUAAGUUACAUUCAGUCUUUGGCAAUUAGGACAUUUUGCCUUAAGACCCUUGAAUUAAAUUUAAACUCUGAUGGAACUGCCAGUUCCCUUUUUGAGUACUUGGUAGUGCCCAACGAGGAGAUCCCACUGAUGAUUUCCAGGAGAAAAAGGAAAUCCUUUUCAGUAGGUAAUUAGUUCUAUCAUUCCACUUAUUGCCUUCUAGUUCAAUUCAAUAAAAAUGACCUUUACUAGCCUCUUCUCUCUCUCACGGGAGGAGACGGCCCUCUCAGAGCCAAUGAACAGCAUCAGAAAAUCAAGCCAUCCUUUUAUCAUAGAUGUUGAUGUUGGGAAGAGGGUCUUUGCCUUUGUUUUAUGUUGGUUUUUCCCCCCAAAGAUGGUCAUAAAGCUCACAGAUGUAGUGCUUUAAGGGGCCUUGGAGGUCAUCUAAUUAAACCCAUCUCAUUUUACAGAUCAGGAAACUGAGGCCCCAGUAGGCCAUGUGACUUACCCAAGGAUGUAUAAACAGUGUCAGAGGCAGAAUUCAAACCUAGGAGCUACAGUAGAAGAGACCUUGGACUGGGAGGGGUUUCAGAGGCCAUUUAGCGCUAGUCCUUUAUUUUACAGAUGAGGAAACUGAGAUACAGAAAUUAUAUGAUUUGCACAAGAUCAUGUAGGCAGGAUUUUUGGAGGGAGGGAAGGAGUUGAAUCCAGAUCCCCUGGCUCCAAGGUCAAGUGUUUUUUCUACUGUGCCAUACUGCCUCACUUAGGGAAAGAAGGUCCAAGUCAGGGUAGGAGUUGUUAUGGCAGCCAUAAAACUAACAGCAGUGGGCAUCAGAUACUGGAAGAGAUACAGACCCCAUAGAGCCCGUAUGAAUUCACCAGAACUAAUGUGACCUUUCCCAUGGUCUAAUUUGUUUCAAGUGGAACCAGUAUCACGUAAUCUCUUGGACAUGUUUCUCCAGUUACAUCUCUGGAAAUGGAUUCCACACCUCUCUCAAAACUUUUUUUCUCAGAGUGGGUGUUUUUUUUUCUUCUUCCUUCGAUCAGUGACCUCUGAGUCAUCAAAUGCAUAUCAUUAUCUAAUGAGGAGGUCAAAAUCUUGUCUCUCAUUGAAGUGUCCAGAUUGAAAAAGAUGUCAGUUCCUCAUGAAUGUAUUAUCUAAUUAUACCGACCCUUGGUCAGUAUUUGUACAUCUCUUGAAAAAUGUCCAUGUUGAUAUUUCUCUGAUGCUGCAUGGAUCCUUUGGCGCGGGUACGGCUCCUUCUCCUGGGGCUUCUCCGGUAUAUCACACUUCUUUUUAUUCCUUCCUCCACAAAGUUCCCAGGUCUCAUUCCCUCCCCCUCUGCAUUUGUCACUUUGUUCAAAUGAGCAUGAAUAAAAAGUCGUGCAAACGAACAGAUACUAUUUUUAUGGUCAGCCAAGAAUGCUGCCAAGAGCUCUCCUGUAUUGUAUAUCUCCAGUUUGGGAAUGUUCAGAGGAAAAUGCAGGCACCACCUCCAUGAAGAAUAUUCCCUUCUCAGACAUUUUUAAACAAGCACAAAUAAGAUUUGUAAAGAAGUUUAAUUUUAUUUAUUAUAGUAAUAAACUAUUUUAUACAUGA